AUGUCCACUUGUCAGCUCAGAAUGGCCCAAUCUUUCCACAUCGCUUCUCCUCUCUCGGGCAGUAGUCCCAUAAAACCAAGUAAUUGUGGCUCCGACCUGGUUGCACCUUUCGCAACUCUCCCGGAGUCGAAAACAUGUGCAGCGAGGUCGGAGUGCAAGAAGGUGAUUGUGGUAGGUGCAGGAAUUUCUGGUCUGCGCGCCGCCGCCGUCCUGCACCGUCACGGCUGUGAAGUCGUGGUGCUCGAGGCGCGCGAUCGCAUUGGUGGAAGAAUCCUGACCAGCAGAACAGGUGAUCGGGUUCGGGACAUCGGUGCCGCGUGGAUGCACGAAACCUCCCAGAACAGUCUGGUGAAGCUGAUCCCUCAGCUGGAUAUUCCUUAUUACUAUGACGAUGGCCUCCCGUUGUAUUUCACCCGGGAAGGCCGAGCUGGUUCCCAGUUCAAAGCUAAGAAAGUCGCCGACGAGUUCGCCGACUACUGCGAGUGGUUUUACGAAACAAACCCCGAGGCCGAGGACCGUCCGGUCCAUGAGUUUGCGAAAGAAUUCGUGCUACAGCAUCAGCUCAUCACCGAGGAUGAGCGUGACUGGGCGCCACAGGCUGUCCGCGAGGUCGAACUCUGGAUUGGAACCAGUACCGACCAAGCCUCGGCCAAACAUCUGUCUUAUUUUAUUACAGAGCGCAAUCUGUAUAUGAAAGGUGGCUAUGAUCGGAUCGUGGACUGGACUGCCGAGCCACUUCGCAAAGAUCCAAACAUCAUCCGCCUCAACCACUUUGUCGAGAACAUUGAGUGGAGUGAAUCUGGCGAUGAGCCAGCCCGCAUCCGGUACAAGGAUGCUGCUGGAAACAUCGGCUUCGUCGAGGGUGAUGCAGUGGUGAUGACCAGCCCGCUGGGCGUCUACCACCACAAGCUCAUCUCCUUCAACCCGCCCUUGCCGAGUGACAUCCAAGAGGGCAUGUCCAGAUUCAGCUACGGCGCACUGGGCAAAGUAUUCUUCGAAUUCGCGGACGUCUUCUGGUCCAAGGAUAACGACCAGUUCGUCUUCUAUCCCUCGCCACCAGAGGAGUCGGACGCAUCAUCCUCCGGUUCCUCCGUGCAAUCAAGCACGAGCAUGAACUCCAUCGGGGAGAAAGACAAUAUCCUCAACUACGCCACCGUCACCAUCAACCUGUGGAUUAUGACGGGUAGCAAGGAGCUGUGCGUGCAGAUCGCCGAGCCGCUAACGCAGCGUAUCGAGGCGAUGCAGGAUCUCAAGGAGAUCUAUCUAUUCUUUGAACCGCUGUUCAAGCUGUUCCGCACGGAGCCGUACAAGGCUCUGCCCCGUCUGGUUAAUGUUGAAACUACACAUUGGACCCAGGACCCGUUGGCUGGGUUUGGAACUUACUCUGCUGACAAGGUUGGGGAUGAUCCGCAGUUGCUUAUUGAUGCCUUUGAGAAUCACAAGGGUAGUCGUUUGCAGUUUGCUGGUGAGCAUUGCACUCUCGUUGCUAAUGGCUGUGUUCAUGGUGCUUUCAAGACAGGUGAAACCGCCGCUACCAAUUUGCUUCACAGCCUUGGCAUUCCGUUCAAUGACCAAGAGGUCACUGAACUGAAAUGA